GGGCUGGGUUCAGUCCUCAGGGAUUCAAACGAGGGUAUUUCUUUCUCUGCCGGGCAUGAUGGGCUUGUGAACUCAGCCCUUCCGAAGUGCCACUCGCUUCAUUGUUCUUCCCUCCCGUCUGAAAUCAGGGAAAGAAAAGGGGCUGAAAUUCUCAGGUGUGACAAUUGGGGAUAUCUCACCAUUCCAGUCCUCAGUAAGGUCUGUUCCCCGGGCCAUUGGCCUCUCCCAGCUGGGAGAAGUGAAAUAACAGCAGACUGCAGAAACUCUUUGCGGAUGGAAGCAAAGAUGGAGAAGGGGAGCAGGAGAAGGGGAAGGUCAGCGUGACCAAAUAAAAUUUUCCUUCGUUUUUGGCCAAGCAUCUCUCCGGCAACCUUUUUCCCCCCUCCCUUUCACUUUAUGCCAAGUUUUGCAGGAAAAGUUUUCCUUGUAGGGAAGAAAAGAUUCAUUGCAGGAGCAGUUAAACAGUCACUUGUUCCAAUUCUGGAAUCGGUUGAACCAUCACUAGGAAAGAGAUCAGGGGUCCGCCCUUCAGCCUGACUUGGGCAGAGCCCAGGGAGAAAUGAGAGGUGAGCCGAAUGGGGCCCCUCUAGUGACCCUUAGCCAGGCAAACUGGGCACCACAGCCCUGGGCUCCUUGGAGCCAAAGUACCCUUGAGCAAAUUUGCCCUGAAGAGAUCCAGGAAAAAUCUGUGGGGGGAGGAGGGUCCAAUUUUUCAAUGGAGGGGCAUAGAAAAACCUCCUGAAGCCAAGCCAGCCUCCUGCAGGAGGGCAGCAUAGGGUGUGUGUCUGAUUCCUCCAGGUCCAGCAAAUAGCGAGUAAGAAUAUCUCAUUGAAAAAAAUGCAUUUCUAUCCACGCGUGACGGAGAGCAAGGAAGAAGGUCUGAGACAGAGAAAGGAGCCUCUGUCUCCGGAGAACUGUGUGUCUCCCAGGGUGGCGAUGGUUACCUGGAACUUUGCAUUGAUGAGGGUAUUGGCAUGCUAAUAUCCCCUUUCUUAAAAUGCUAAUGAGGAAGCCUAGAAUUUCAGAUAAAGUCCACCAGGGAUUGCUAGAUCGCUAAGCUGCUUUUGUAUUUAUUAACCAAAGGAACAGCAAACUGCCCUAGAAAAGCUCUCAGCUCUUCCAGCUUUCCACCAGAAUCUCCAAAGCAGAACCGGCUUGGUCUUCUCCUACCCAGCCGGCCCCUUCUCAGGUGGGAUGAUGUGGUGCCAGCCUGGCGCCUCCCCGGAAGUAGCCUGGGCAGAGACAGGCUGUGCAGGAGAUCAGGACACCUGGGUGGCCCAGCUUCUCUCUCCCUGUGCACCGCCGGUCACAGCCAGUUGCCCUCACUGGUUCCUGUUGGCCGGAGCUGCUGGGAAGCGGCAAAGACCGCUCCUCUCUCCCCUCCUCCCACCUCCCUUCCCACAGCGGUGCCGUGAUUUCCACGCCCCACUGCUUCGCUUCCCCCACCGGCCGGGCAUGUGACUCUCCUUGCAGGGAAUCCCUAGAGAGGUUUCACCAGCUCUCCUGGGCAUCCGGAGAAGGACGGCAGCUCUGGCACGGCCGCUGGUCUCUUGCUACAGCUGAGUUGGCAAAGCUUGGCUACUUGAGGCCCUUUUAUCCUCCUCCAGCAGCCAGAAUUGAGGGUAGGGAGAGCUCCUGGCCAUGGCGCACAAGCAGGGAGGCAGCCCCAGGGCCGGCCUCGAGCCGGAGGGAGUUCAGCUCCUGUUGGUCGCCUGUCAAGAAGCCACGAGGUUCGCCUACUGCCCCUACAGCAAGUACCCCGUGGGAGCGGCACUCCUGACCUCGGAGGGGAAGAUCUUCACAGGUUGCAAUGUUGAAAAUGCAUCUUUCCCGCUGAGCGUCUGUGCCGAGCGGACGGCCAUCCAGAAGGCCGUCUCUGAAGGUCACACAAAAUUCCGAGCCAUGGCCAUCAGUUGCAAUAGCCAAGAGUUUUACGCCAUUCCAUGUGGAGCUUGCAGGCAGGUCCUCCGAGAGUUCGGUCAAGAGUGGGAGAUCUAUUUGACCAGGAUGGACGGCACAUACAUCCAGAAGACAUUGGAGGACCUCCUGCCUUUGUCUUUUGGUCCAGAACACCUGAAGAGCUAGGCGGGAAGGAGGAUGGCUUCUCUGCUUCUCCACACCUCCAGCGGCCUGAGAUCUCCUGAACUUGGCAAGCCUUGACCUUCCAACCUGUCGAGUCCAUGGAUGUCUAAACCCUUCCCUUUUGCAAAAUUUGGAUAUUGGCAUUCCCGGCGGGUGCUGCCUGCGCGAUCGGGAUCGUUGGUGUCACUUCAAAGGUCUCCAGAACUUUUGACCGUGUCCUGCCCAGCUGCCUCAGGGAGGCCGGGGGCAAAUCUGGACUCUUGGCCCCUGACCUGCAGCCCCCGCCUUACCCUAAGAUAAACAGCUGUGUUUUGAGUC